UAAGCCUCCGCGCUCGCGCUCACAGGGUCCCACAGACAGGCUGCCAGUGUCCGGAGUCUGCACCGACAUCCGCACACCGGCCUCCGGGAUGGACACCGAUACCUGCGCACCGGACCCAUCCCGCCAGCGGAACGGGGUGGUGGGCGUCCUGUACGGGGAGUUCACGGAUACGCUCAACGACAGAGUCCGGUACUCGGUGAGCCUGACGGAGCGCGCGCUGACGGUCCAGAGAAUCUCGUCGUCACCCGGCCGGACUAAGGUGGUGUUUAACUUGACGGACUGUGUCGGCUGCCGGGCGUACAGAGGCCCGGACGGAGCGGAUGUCGGAGCCUACUUCACAGCUUAUUUUUACCCGUUUAAGAGACGCUGGAUGAGCGCAGGAGUGGCCCGGCAGAGAGUGGAGCAGUGUUUCCGGGUGGCGCUGGUCCAGGACCCGCUCGCGAACCUCCAGGAGGCUGAGAGGUGGGCUCGUGCCAUCAGAGACGCAUCUGUCCAGCAGGCACCCAGGAGAGAGGGUGUUGUGUACGCAGAAGUGCGUCGGCCCUGCAGAGUUAUGAUCCUGGUGAACCCUCACAGUGGGCGUGGCCAGGCUCUUCAGCUGUUUACGGGACACGUACAGGGCAUGCUCACCGAGGCCGCCAUCCCCUACACACUUGUCAUCACAGAGCAUCAGAACCAUGCACGGGAGCUGGUGAGGAAGGCCGACCUGUCACAGUGGGAUGCUCUGGUGAUCAUGUCUGGAGAUGGGCUGCUGUUCGAGGUGAUAAAUGGUCUGAUGGAUCGAGAAGACUGGCAAGAAGCCAUCCAAACCCCUCUGGGUAUUCUGCCAGGUGGUUCAGGCAACGCCCUCGCUGCCUCCGUCCACCACUAUUCACAGUCACCUCCAGCGUGGAACGAGGAGCUGCUACUGAGCUGUGGUUUCAUGCUGUGUAAAGGUCUGGUUGGCUCCAUGGACCUGGUGUCUAUCCACUUGGCCUCUAGACAGCGCCUCUUCUCCUUCCUAUCCCUGGCCUGGGGAUUUGUGGCUGACGUGGACAUAGAGAGUGAGAAGUACCGUCACGUGGGAGCGAUUCGCUUCCUGAUGGGCACUCUGGUGCGUCUGGCCACCCUCAAAGUGUAUCAGGGCAGGUUAGCGUACUUGCCUGUUAAGGAAGCACCAAGACUUCCAAAAGGGAGCGUCAAGACUAACCACCCGCCCUCCACGCCUCAGCAUCCCUCUCUUUGCUCCUCCCUCCCCUGUCGACUCAUACCCAAAACCUCCCCGAACCACAACUCUCGGCACAACUGCAACAGCACAAAUUCGAACCAGAACACCAUCACCAACUCCUCCAAUAACGCCAUUACAACGAAGAAACCCGAGACUCAGAGCGACAGCAAGACCAGAGCGCUGCUGGACACUCUGCUCCCAGGCCUGGACCAACCAGUCCCAGAGAGCUGGACGGUUGUCAGGGAGGAGGACUUUGUCUUAGUUUUGGCUAUUUACCAGUCCCACCUGGCUGAAGACCUGUGGACGGCCCCUGGUGCGAUGGCAGAUGAUGGGCUGAUCCAUCUGUUUUAUGUAACAGCAGGAAUCUCCCGACCUGCCCUUCUGCGUCUCUUCCUUGCCAUGGAGAAGGGCGCCCACUUAGCGUGCGGCUGCCCUCAUCUAGUGUAUGAGAAGGUAAAAGCCCUGCGCCUUGAACCCCUCACUCCACAGGGCAUGAUCACUGUGGACGGGGAGAUGGUGGAGUAUGGGCCGGUUCAGGCUCAGAUUCACCCUGGACUGGCCAGACUCAUAUGUGGAUAACCAUUUCCCUGGCUUUAACUCUUUCUAGUUUGGCCUUUUAUACUCUGUGUCAUUUCUUUCUGUAUGCUGUGUUUUCAGAAGUGCCAAAGACAUUUUAUCAGCCUCUGGAAAUUGUUCUAUUUUUCUACAGAAUUAAUUCAUCCUAUUUUUAUGAAUCCCUGUCCGCUCGAUGUCUGAUUCAGGGUCGAAGCCAUGGAUGGUUGAUCUUGCUGCUGGCUGGUCCCAGCGUAGAGAGAGAGAGGAAGUGUGUGUGUGUGUGUGUAAAAGAGAGAGAGAUGUGCAUGUACUAAAUGUUUGUGAGCACUUAAGUGUGUCUGCUUGUGUAUGUGUGAGAUCAGGGGGAGGAGCUUCAGUAUAGCACAUAGCGCUGUGGUGCCGGGGCCACAGGAGUGCAUUGUGCACUCUGCUGUCGGACCUCAUAAGCAUGACACACGUGAAGAGAAGCACAUUUUCCCGUUCUGGGAGGCUCCUGUGGAGAGCCUGGACAAGCCCCGCCCCCUGUCCCACCGUACAUCAGGGCAGCCGCUUCCUCUGAGGAGGCCUGACAGCAUCGCCUGGUUAAAAGGAGCUUUCUUACUGAAGGGAUAUAAAUCCGCCAGGGAUUUGAUGUUGACAAAUCUUUAAUCUUUUAUGUAAAAAGAAAAAUCAAUUUAAAUACCAGAUCUAGAAAUACUAAUCAUGGCACAGUGAAUAUAACACCGCCUUCUCUGUUUUGUGUGAAAACUUCCUUCAGUUGAAAAUGCAUAAAGUGCUGGUGAGGCAGAGAAACCUGGCCAGCUGAGGUUACACCUCCUCCUCUGAUCCAUUUCCUGUCCUGUCCUUUCUUUUACCCUGCUUCAUCUGCAACCAUCAUCAAACUGUAGCAACCGCCUCCACUCACUCAUGCUUUACACACACACACACACGCACACACACACACUCAGUCUCUCUCACUUUCUUUUCCCCAUCCCCCCUCCUCUUAUGCCCAGCUUCUCACAUGCGCUCGUACACACACACACACACACACACACACAUACACACACACACACACACAUUCCCUUGCAUCUCUGCAGCACUUAGUGAGGGGGAGGGGCACGGUCUGCUACUGUGCAUAUGAUCCCCCCCUCUACUCUUGCCAUCUGAAGAUUGUACUCCCUCUCCCUCCCUCGGUUAAUGAGCCAUCAGCACCUAAUGUGUCCUUAUUUUGAAGCUUUUACAUCCCAGUGCAAAAGCUUGCUAAAUACUCUAGACUUUAGACAGGUCUUUUUUAAUCACACGAAAGCUUUUAAGUGAGUUUUACUGCUUGCACAUCUAAAAACAUAUUAGCCUGACUGGAGCACGCUAAAGUAGAGAGCAGGGGGGUCACUAUAAGCGUCGCAUAUUGAGAAGCAUGCGAUCAAUGUGAGCUGGAGGGAGGCAAACGCUUUGCUCUGCUGUGUGGCCUUUUCUCUGGUUUUCAGUGCCGUGGUGAUGAGCAUUAGUGCACUGGAGCAGAGGAGAGUGCAAAUGUUAGCAUUAUCAUCAGUGCCCCUACCCACCCCACCCUACCUCCAUCACCCCCCACCCCUCCGCUCUCACAUGCACACGUUCUCUCUCAGUUUAUUUCAGGUCACAGUGACCACACCAGAGCUGGUACACCCACAGGUACACACAGCAGCUGGUUUUCAUCCCACAGAGGGUGAAACAUCUCUUCUAACCCCGAGGGGAAAAAAACAAACUGUCUUCUGUAAUCUUAA